UUGAGUCAAGUGCAGGGGCUUUGGUGUUUGGAGAUUUGACCUGUGAGUGGGGACAAACGAGAUGUGGAUUUUUUGGGGGAAAGGGCCAUCUGGAUUCUCUUCCUCUUCCACUACAGAGGAGGUUACCCAGGGAAUCGAUGGGACUGGUCUCACUGCUAUUGUUACAGGAGCAUCCAGUGGUAUAGGUGUGGAGACAACUCGUGUUCUUGCAUUGCGUGGGGUGCAUGUAGUCAUGGCUGUUAGAAAUGUGGAGGCUGGUAAAAAUGUCAGAGAAACAAUACUCAAUGAAAACCCUUCUGCUAAGAUUGAUGUUAUGGAGUUAGAUCUCAGCUCAAUGGCUUCAGUGAGAAAAUUUGCAACAGAGUACAUUUCCUUGGGACUUCCUCUGAAUCUCCUAAUAAACAAUGCAGGGAUAAUGGCAACUCCAUUUACACUUUCCCAAGAUGGAAUAGAACAGCAAUUUGCGACAAAUCAUUUAGGUCACUUUCUUUUGACAAAUUUAUUGUUGGAUGCCAUGAAAAACACAGCACAUCAAACCCAAAGAGAGGGCAGAAUUGUUAAUGUGUCCUCAGUGGGUCACAAAGGUUCAUAUAGUGAAGGAAUUCGAUUUGAUAAAAUUAACGAUGAACCAAGCUACAUCCGUCUAAGUGCAUAUGGGCAAUCAAAGCUUUCUAAUAUUUUACAUGCUAAUGAGCUUACAAGGCGUCUGAAGGAAGCUGGGGUGGAGAUCACUGCUAAUUCACUUCAUCCUGGCGGAAUUCCAACCAAUCUUUUCCGUCACCACGGUUUUAUUAAUGGUAUUGUCAACUUGAUCGGUAGAUUUGUGCUAAAAAAUGUUCAGCAGGGAGCGGCAACCACGUGUUAUGUGGCAUUACAUCCUCAAGUGAAGGGAGUAAGCGGAGAAUAUUUCGUGGACAAUAACAUCGCCGAGCCAAUCCCCAUGGCCAAAGAUGCAGCUUUGGCAAAAAAGUUAUGGGACUUCAGCUUGAGCUUGACCACCCCCAAGUUGUUGGAUUUGCUCUAAAAUUACAUAUCCUGACUGUUGUCAAGAUUCAACUA